AUGGAAGAAACAGAAUACAUAGCUUUAAUCGAAUGGCAUUGUCGCCAGCAUUAUUACAAUAGCAUGCUAACUAGUGCUAAACAAGCACACGAUGCUUAUCCAGAUAGUGAGCGAUUGAAACUUCUGCUCUGCCUAGCAUACGUCCUUGUUGGCAAGAAUCACGAGGCUAUCAAAGAGAGUUCGAGCUUGCUAAACUAUGCAGACUUUACAUUACCAGUGUUACUUGUACAAAACGUGGCGCUGGUUGAUGCAGAGCGUAGCACCGCGACUCAGAUGGAAAAUAGAAUACGAGAUGAGCGUAGGAAAGCUUCCUUCAUUGCAUUGUACCUCGCAGCAUCCGUAUUAUUUCUCGCUCGCCGUGCGGACAAAGCAAAAGAAUACGCGGACCGAGCAUACAAGUUGAAACCUACGAAUAUCAAUGUUUUACUUAUUAAAGGAUGGCUAGAGUGUAGUUUGAGAUCCAGCAUAGGCAGUUUGGAAGCAGAAAACUUCUUCGAUUCGGUCUUAAACGAAGAACUGAGAAAUUUGAGCGCAUUAUUAGGUUCUGCAAAGACGAAACAACAUACUGGAAAAUAUUCUGAUGCUAUCGCGAUAUUGAACUCUCUUAUCGUACGUUAUCCUAAGCUGCCGUUACCGCUCGUAGAGAAGAUGAAAUGUUUGUUAGCCGCGAAAGAUUGGGAACAGGUACUAGAAAUGGUAAACCGAGUGCUAUCGAUUGAAUCAAAUAAUCUAGAUGCCAUCAAGACGAGCUCAGUUGUGGCUCUCUGCAGAGACGGCAAUCCUAGCGAGGGUUUGCCACAGUUGCAGUUGUUCCUGCGCAACUUGCUACUCGCUGAACCGAAGAAUGAAUUCUUACUAAUCAAAAAUCUACGCUUGUUUUCCGGUAUCGCAUUCCAAGAUCACGGAAUCCUAUCGGAACUAGCGCGAAUGGCUGAAAAGAUGUUACAUGCAAUAUCAUCGAGCAACGCAGAGUUGAUGGCAGAGCUGGGCGAUCUACAUAUUGCACUGGGCAAUGUUAAGGAUGCCGAGCGCUGGUACAAAAACGCCAUUCGCGCGGAUCAAUCCUCUUUCGUAGCACUCAUGGGACUGGCUCACUGCCAGUUGCUGGAGGGAUCCGCGGAGGAUCUGGAACAGGCGCGCCAACAGGUGGAAAUCUUGAUGGAGAUACAACCGCAUUCGACGAAUGUGCGGCUGUUAUUUAUGUCCGCGAAGAUUGCCUCCAAUGAAGACAAUGUUAAAGCACUCGGCUAUCUCGAUGCGGCGGCAAACGUCUUAUUGAAGAGUUGCGAGGGUCUUGUAUAUGGCUAUGAGUAUCUUAGCGAGCUUAAACCGGACUUAUGUCUUGAGAUUGCAAAGCAACGGUUGAUGCAUUCUUUGAACAAAUCACCGAUGAGCGAUGAGGGUAGUGCAAUAGAAAAAGAACCGACCAUUCGUUUGCUAGAACAACUAGUGGAGGCCUGUCCGGGUUCCAGCGUAGCUUUAUUAUUGCUCAGCAAGGCCAGAAUGCAAAGCGGCGAUUAUGAGGGCGCAUUGACUUUGCUGAGAAGAUUGUUGGAUACAGUGGAACCAUCCAACGCGCAAGCUCAUCUCAUAAUGGCUCAGAUCCUGGCAUAUCAGGGCAAGUACCAGCUCGCCUCGCAGAGCCUAGAAGUUGGCUUGAGUUAUAACUUUAAGAUUCGGGACGAGCCAGUCUAUCAUUUGAUCAUUGGCAUGGUACAGCGACAAACUGGCGACUUGGAGAAUUGCAUUAAGAGCUGUCAAAUGGCCAUGUCAUUAGCUAAAUUGAGUGGCGGUUCCAACAAGAAAUCCGACAUGUCCGCGUCAGAUCGAGCGACAUUAUAUCUGGAACUGAUCGCAGCGUACAGUAAGGCAAGACGGUUCGCCGAGGCAUUGGCUCUCGUCGAGGAAGCGAAGUUGAAUCUCGCCGGCACUGCCGAGCUAGAAAGAGUUACCAUCAGCACUGCCGACAUUUACCUGGACAUGGGAGAAUUGGAGAACGCUGUUGACUGCUUGCAAAAUAUCUAUCCAGGACAACCAUAUUAUUUGCAGGCGCACACUAAACUUGCCGAAAUCAACUUAAAUUACAGGAAAGAUCGUCAGGCGUUCGCGAAAUGUUUCAGAGAAUUGGUAGAACAUUGUCCUGGGUCGAAAACGUACAGUAUGUUAGGCAACGCCUACAUGUCCAUACAAGAGCCCGAAAGAGCGAUAGAGGCAUAUGAGCAAGCGCUUUCACAGAAUCCAGUCGACAAGGUAGACAUUGCGAAUAAAAUGGGAAAAGCACUCGUCAAAGCACAUCAAUAUGCGAAAGCAAUCAAUUAUUACAAGGACAUAGUAAAACAGGACAAUUGUACCACUCUGAAAUUAGAUUUAGCCAAGUUGUACAUGAAGAUGAAACAAUACGACAAAGCGGAAGCAACCUUGGUACAAGAGUUACAAGAUAAGCGAAGCGAUUCUGAUAUGCAGAGUUUGGAAACGCGAGGACAGGAGUUGCUAUUACUCGCGAAAGUGCGUGAGAAAUCGGGAAAUAUUAAAGGCGCGUUACUUACCUUAAAAGAAGCAAAGGAUAAUCAACACAGAUACAUUCAGCGUCUUACCAUUUCACCGGAUGUCACAGAUCAGAAACACGCGCUGGCAAAUAUUUGUCUGACGAUGGCCGAUUAUGCAUCAAGCUUACGUAAUUAUGACGAAGCCAUCGUGUAUUACAAAGAGGCACUGACUUAUAAACAUACAGACAUGAAUGCUCUGCUCUCUUUGGCGAAACUAUAUAUGCAGAUGAACAAUUUAGACCGGUGUGCGCAAAAUUGUUCCAUUUUAUUGAACGCUGAUCCUAACAAUGAGGCCGCUUCCGUAAUGAUGGCGGAUCUCGCGUUCCGAAAGGUGGAUUUUGAGACCGCGGCAUUCCACUUUCGACAACUACUGAUGCGCCAACCCACUUAUUGGACUGCUUUAGCAAGAUUGAUAGAAGUGUCGCGUAGAACAGGUGCUAUGGAUGAUCUUGAUGAGUGGUUGCAACGUGCUCAGACCGCGAUGGGUGUCGGCAAUGUGGAAGCUGGCUAUUACUAUUGCGCCGGAUUGCUGGAUUGGCGAAUGGGUAAGUUGAAUUCCGCUCUUCGUAACUUCAAUUUCGCGCGACGCGACCCGGAGUGGGGCCAGCAGGCGAUUUACAAUAUGAUCGAGAUUUGUCUGGAUCCCGACGAUGAUACCACAUUAUCGAACGAAGCAUUCAAUGACGAAGAUGCAGAGUAUCAGGACUCGAGAACGAUGGCUUUGAGAACGGCCUAUCGAUUGCUUCAGGAAUUAAAUCCGAAAGGAAGCCCUCAUGAGGAACUGACUCACAAGCUUCUCAGCAACUUUUUUCUGCUAGCUACCAAACAAAAGUCUAACAUUGAGAAAGCCUUGCAGGAUUGUACCGCUUUAGCUAGUCAAGAUACUUUGCGAGAUCACGUAGGACCCGCACUCGGCAUGGCCACCGCUCACAUCCUAUUGAAGCAAACGCCACGCGCUCGUAAUCAUCUGAAGCGCGUCAGCAAAAAUGUUUGGACAUUUGAAGAUGCCGAGUAUCUGGAACGUUGCUGGUUACUGUUGGCGGAUAUCUACGUGCAAUCCAGCAAAUAUGAGUUGGCGAAUGAGCUGUUGAAGCGGGUGUUGCAGCAUAAUGCCACUUGUGUACGAGCUCACGAGCUGUCAGGUUACAUUGCCGAAAAGGAUCAGAAUUAUCGAGAAGCGGCGACGAGAUAUGCCCAGGCUUGGAAAUGCGGUGGUAAAACAAAACUAUCAAUCGGUUACAAACUGGCCUACUGCUGCCUUAAAGCAAAGGCUUACGCUGAAGCGAUUGAUGCGUGCAACGAAGUAUUGAAACAAAACGCGGAUUAUCCGAGGAUUAGAAAGGACAUUUUGGAGAAAUGUAUCAAUAAUCUUCGCACGUGAAACGUGUACAUUGAAUUUAUACAUUGAUCGUUUAU